GGAAGGUCUGUGGCUGGUGCCUGACGCAAUCGCUGGCUACAAGGAAGAAAAUCUCCUGCUGUAGCAACACGUGUACCGGAUUUGUCUGCGGUCUCUGUGAUUUAAUACAUUUAUCCAGUGAGGCAAAAUGGGUGACGGCUUAACACCUGAGGGGAAGGCACAGCUCAUCACACGAAAUCUCCAGGAGGUCCUUGGAGAGGACAAAAUGAAGGAAAUCCUGAAAGAGAGACCUCUGCGGAUAUACUGGGGCACAGCAACCACAGGAAAACCACAUGUGGCUUAUUUUGUUCCUAUGUCCAAGAUCGCAGACUUCCUGAAAGCUGGUUGUGAGGUGACCAUCCUGUUUGCAGACCUGCAUGCAUAUUUAGAUAAUAUGAAAGCACCUUGGGAUCUGCUGGAGCUUCGAACCAGAUACUAUGAGCAGGUUAUCCAGGCCAUGCUACAGAGCAUUGGAGUUCCACUUGAGAGGUUGCGAUUCAUUCGAGGAACAGAAUUUCAACUCAGCAAAGAGUACACUCUGGAUGUAUACAGACUGUCUUCUGUAGUUACUCAGCAUGAUGCUAAGAAAGCUGGAGCUGAGGUAGUAAAACAAGUGGAACACCCGCUGCUCAGUGGGCUUCUGUACCCAGGGUUGCAGGCUCUGGAUGAGGAAUACUUGAAGGUAGAUGCUCAAUUUGGAGGAGUUGACCAAAGGAAAAUCUUCACAUUUGCUGAAAAGUACCUUCCAGCUCUCGGUUAUGCAAAACGUAUUCACCUGAUGAAUCCUAUGGUUCCAGGACUCACUGGGGCUAAAAUGAGCUCCUCUGAGGAGGAAUCCAAAAUUGAUCUCCUGGACUCUCCUGCAGAUGUGAAAAAAAAAUUAAAGAAGGCUUUCUGUGAGCCUGGGAAUAUAGAAAACAAUGGGGUUUUAAGCUUUGUCAGGCAUGUCCUCUUUCCCCUAAAAUCAGAAUUUGUGGUUCUACGUGAUGAGAAAUUUGGAGGAAAUAAAACUUACACAGAUUUUGAAACACUAGAGAAAGACUUUACUGAACAGCUUGUUCAUCCUGGGGAUCUGAAGGCCUCAGUGGAGAAAGCUUUGAACAAGCUGUUAGAUCCAAUCAGAGAAAAGUUUAACAGCCCAGAAAUGAAGAAACUGAGUAAUGAUGCAUAUCCUGGUGCCAGCAAACAAAAGACAGUGCCUAAAGGUUCCACUAAAAACUCUGGGCCUGAGGAGAUCGAUCCUUCUCUUUUAGAUCUGCGGGUUGGGAAGAUUCUCAGUGUGAGGCAGCAUCCAGAUGCAGACAGCCUGUAUGUGGAGUCAGUGGACGUGGGUGAGGAAAAUCCACGUUGUGUGGUCAGCGGGCUUGUGCAAUAUGUUCCCUCUGACCAACUGCUGGGCCGCUCAGUAGUUUUGCUGUGCAACUUAAAACCACAGAAGAUGCGAGGAAUCGAGUCCCAGGGCAUGCUGCUUUGCGCAUCUACGGAAGCGGAACAAAAACAAGUGGAACCACUUGACCCUCCUACAGGUUCUGCUCCAGGUGAGCGGAUCUAUAUUGAGGGAUAUGAGAAUGGAGAACCAGAGGGAGAGCUCAAACCUAAGAAGAAAGUAUUUGAGAAGUUGCAGGUUGACUUCAGGAUUUCAGAUGAUUUAUGUGCUCAGUGGAAAGGGAAGAAUUUUCUGACCAAACUGGGAUCUGUUACCUGUAAAACUCUGCGAGGUGGUAGUAUUAGUUGAGCAUGCCUCCUCCAGAACAUUGUAUUGUGCUCCUGUUUGUCUUCACCUCCAUAGCAGAAUCACACAGCUGGACCCAGGCAGCAGGGGAUAAUCCAUCCACUAUUUAUAUAAUCUUCGGUUGCACAUUACCUGCUUUUUAGGGGCAAUGUCGAGGUGAAAAACUGUAAUGUUGGUAUAAAAUAAAGUUCAGUACC